AUGGCCUCGGAUGUCGGCGUGAACGAGCGUUUUCAAAGCCAGUUUAAGGCCCUCCAGGAGCACCAGCAAAGGAGGCUGCGAAAUCUGAUGGUGAGGAAGAAGGAGAAGCAGAAUGGCCAGAAGGGCAGUAAUGGUGACACAGCAGGGGCUUUCGGCAGCCAGGAUAACCUAAAUCUGCUUGAAAUCGGGCAUCCUGAAAAUGAUGAUGUCAACAAAAGGUUGCUUGAGGCUGAGAACGAGCAACUCCAGGAUCAGCUUCGAGAAGUCAGAGAUGAGAAUGGGAGACUGUACAAGUUGGUGAGAGAGAAAGAUUUUGAAAUAAAGCAACUCCAGAAAAAAAUCCAGGAGGACAAACUGGCUCUGUCGGGGACAUCUGGUAUAGCUGGGGAUAUUGCAGCCACUAAAAUAGUUGAAUUGGCCAAAAAGAAUCGGGAGAUAACGGCUGAGACUGAGAGUGAAAAGGCCAAAGUGAAGCAACUGAAUAACAGAGUCAAAGAGCUGGAGCGAGAACUACAGGCAGCCAUGGGAAAAAUCCAUUCUCUUGGUGGUGGUGACUCAGGAAUCAAACAGUCUACUCUGAAGAUGAUAGAAGAAAACUUGGCUGAAAGUCCAGAGGUGAAGGCGUUGCAAGAAAAACUAACUGCAGCUAAUUUUAAAGUGAUGGAGUAUCGUAAUCAGCUCCAAGCCACAAAACAAGAACUGAAGAUGACUCAAAAGCUUUUAGCAAAUGAAGUUGGUGAAGAUGUGAAUAUUCAGAGUCUCCUGACCAAUUCUGGCAGCUGGCGUGGACGAGCCCAGCAAAUUCUAGUUCUCCAAGGCAAGGUUCGAGAACUGGAGAGUCGUCUGUGUCAAAACAAAAGCAAAACGUCAGCAACCGAAAUGGAUGAUGAACUGGUGGCACUUACUGACCCAAGGAGGUUGUCAGUCCAAGAGAAGAACUUGCUGAAGAUCCGCAGCUUGGAAAAAGAGAAGAAAGAAGCCUUGGAGAAACUCUCUGGGGAAUAUGACGCUCUCCAAAAAGAUCACGAGGAGGUGAAAAAGAAACUUGAUGCAUCAAAAGCCAGGAACAAAGUGCUGUGCAGCGAAGUGAAAACCCUGAAGGGACAGAUCGUAACCCUGCUGGAGAAGGGCAAACACGACGACGAGCUCAUCGACGCCUUGCUGAGCCAGCAGAAGCAAAUGCAGGAGAUUUUGAUGCACCUGAGCCAACAGGAUGAGAAGAACAAGGAGUCCCAGCAGAUGCUAGGGCAGCACUUGAACAGCGAGGCUCAGAAACAAAACUGCCUUAUAGAGCAGCUCAAGCAGAUGGUGGCUGAACGAGAGGCGAAGGUUAAAGAACUGGAAGAAGAGAUUGGGCAGCUCACACUGCAGAAUAAAUCUGCCCAUCAAGGAGACAGCUCAGGAGUCGCUGGUUUAUCACCCUUUGAGCACGCAGAAGAUACCAGUUUUACUCUGCUCAGGACCCUGGCAUCAGGCAGCGAUCAGGCUGGAAGGACUGGAUCUGCUCGCACCGUGUCCAAGAUGGGCCAUACCCUUGUGGAGUCGCCAGCUACCAAGCCUUCCCUGUGCUGUAAUCACACCACACCUGGAAGGCUCGCUGGGACGGGCAGCCCGGAGGGAAAGGCGCUGCACGCGCAGCUCACGGAGCAGCUCACGGAGCAGCGGGCGCUCCGCCAGGCCGCCCAGGUGGAGCGGGACAGGCUGCUGGGGCUGGUCUCCGUGCUGCACAAAAGGGUGGAGGAAACCAGUGAUAAAGUUCUGGAAGCUGAGAAGAAGCUUCAGGAAGAGCGUCGCUGUGUCAUGUUGGAGCAGCAGCUUGAAAAACUAAAAACGGAUCCAGGGAAGAACACGGGUGCCCAGAAACCUCCCCCGAGGAGCAAGGCAGGUCAAUCCACGAGUCAGCCUAGAGUCACCUGGAGCGUGAGCGAUAAGGAGCUUUCUGCAGCCCAGCUCUCCAAGCUGCCUCUGGAAUCACAGAUUCAAGAGCUGAGCACAAGGCUUGUGAUCCAGCUGGAUGAGAAUGAAGCUCUGAAAGCUGCUUUGGAAACUGCUGUGAGAAUGAAGGAGGAAGACUUCAAACUGUACCAAGACACAAUGGACCAAGUGAAGGAGAUCUUUCUACAGGCCCUUCGGCAGCACAAACAAGAGAAGAGUUAAGCAAGAUAUUCAGAAUCCUUUGGCCUGCCAAGGAGAGCCCUGGCAUUAUGCCCAUGGAUUGAAAUGCAGCGUAAGUGUGUGUUUGCAG